GCUGCUUGUCUUGCUCCACGUCGGCAUCUGCGCAGUUUGUUCAUCUUACCUGCGAAAUGAGAAGCGACGUAACAGAGCCACUGGUACUGUAAGCUGGAUGCAGAUCCAGACAAAACUCUAAUAACAAAUAAAAACUCGGCUUAGUUACACCUUCUGUUGGCAGUUAUGUUCAAGAAACUGAAGCAGAAAAUUAAUGAAGAACAGUCACCACAGAGGAACGUCCUGUCACCACAACAGGCCCAGGUGAGUUCAAGUGAGAAGCAUGGUAAAACACCAUUAAUGCACCAGGAUGCUCCUUCCUCCUCACGUGACCGAGAGAACAUCACUAAAGGAGCAGUUAGUACUCCCAGUGGAAGUGUGAAUGGAGAUGGAGCCGUCUCUCCCUUGAGAGAGGAGUCACAAUCUCUGGCACAGAAGCUGCAGCAGAGGGUGUCCUCAGUUGAAUCUCUCUUCCGGGUUUCGGGACGAGCCGAGGGGCUUUUCCGCUCUGGCUCCAGGGACAGCCUGGUCCGUAGCGCUUCACGGGAAUCUCUCACGCCUCUGGGGGAGAAUGAGACCCCGGGAGUCCCUGCCUUCGACCCUCCAUCUGACAUUGAGAGCGAAGCUGAAGAUGCUCCUGGAAACGAAGAGGUUCUGUCCAAAGAACAGCUCAUAUAUCGGCUGCAUAAGGUGGAAAAGAGCCUUGCAAAUUAUAGAGGGAAAUACUCUGAGCUGGUAACAGCCUACAGAACCGUGCAGAGGGAUAAAGAGAAAACACAUGCUAUUCUCACUCAGAGUCAAGACAAAGCCCUACGAAGAAUAGGGGAACUCAGAGAAGAGCUGCAGAUGGAUCAGCAGGCCAAAAAGCACCUGCAGGAAGAGUUUGAUGCAGCUUUAGAGGAAAAAGACCAGAUGAUUACCGUCUUGCAGACUCAAGUUGCACUUAUGAAGAAACGGCUGCAUGGUUGUCCUGAGGCUUUGGUUUCAGCUGAGGCAGGUGACACUCAGAGAGAUGAGUCUAUAGAGAUGACAUCUGACCCUCAAAGCACAACCCAAGUGGAGGGUGUACAAGUAAACCAAUUGUGUGGAUGUGCAGCAGGGGGCAGUAGUGAACCAGGGAACACUGCUGACUUGGAGGUUUUGCAGAAGCGAGUGCGGAGGCAAGAGACACUGCUGCAGCGCUGCAAGGAGCUGAUUAACACCAGCAAAGAGCGCAGUGCUCAGCUCAGCAGUGAGAAUGAUGCCCUGCAGCAGCAGCUGCAGGAGAGACUGCAAGAACUGGAAAAGAUAAAGGACCUUCACACCAGUGAGAAGACCAAGCUGAUAACACAGCUGAGGGAUGCCAAGAAUCUCAUUGAGCAGCUGGAGCAAGACAAGGGCAUGGUUAUUGCAGAGACCAAGCGGCAGAUGCAUGAGACUCUGGAGAUGAAGGAGGAGGAGAUUGCACAGUUGCGUACCAGGAUCCUGCAGGUAGUGGCUCAGAAAGAGGAACAGCAGGAGCAGCGAGAGAAAGCAGAGAAAGCAGCAUUCGAGGAGUUGGAACGUGCCCUGGCCAUGGCUCAGAGAGCAGAAGAAGCUCGGAUUCAGCUCCAGGCGAGCAUGGAGGAGCAGGUGAAGCAGGUGGAGCAGGCUAGUGAGGAGGAGAGGCGAAAUCUACAACAGGAGCUCACCAGGGUCAAACAGGAGGUCAUAACCAUCAUGAAGAAGUCUACAGAAGACAGGAUAGCGGAAAUGGAGCAGCAGCACUUAGAAGAUCUGGCUAACAAGGACAAGCAAACGAGUAUUAAGAUAAACGAGGAAGUGGAACAUUGUCGUAAGGAGCUAUUGAAAGCAGCACAGGAGAAGGAGCAGCAGGCCUCUUUGGCUGUGGAGGAAGCAGUGUUACAGAAGUCAGCUGUGCAGGCUGAAGGAGAAGCCAAAUCCAGGGAGCUGCAACUAGAACUGGAGAGUGCAAGAACUAAAAUUCUUGAACUGGAGAGUUCCCUGGCCAAGUUGUCACAAGGAGAAGCUACCCAGGCAGAUCAGUUGUCAGCAGAGAUAGAAGAACAGAGGAAAAAAUAUGAAGGUGAAAUAGAUGCCAUAAAAGCAAGGCAUCAGCAGGAGCUGGAGAAAUUGUUGGCAGAACAGACAGGUGCUUUGAACAAGCAGCACUCUGUUGUUGUUGAAGAGCUAGGGCAGAAACACAAGUCUGAGAUUGACACAAUGAUGAAAGACAAAGAACUAGAGUUUCAAGAGCAUAUUACGGAAAUGAACCAAAAAAUGCUGGAGAAACUGGAUAUCAAACAGGCCGAACUGGAGGCUCUGUCCUCAGAGAUAAGUGAAAUGCGGAAGUGUAAAGAGCAGCUAGAGGAGAAACUCGUAUCCGAUGCAGCUAAUGAGUCAACUAAGGUGGAGUUUGAAGUGAGACUAAAGGAAGAGCAGUUGAAAUUUCAGAUGGAGGUUGACGACAUAAAGCGUCAACAUGAGAAGAUAGUAGAAGAACUAGAGAAGACUCUGAAAGAAGAGCUAAAUCAGCUAAGAAUGGUGCUAGAGGAGAAGGAUAAAGAGCUUGAGCAAUAUGCUGAAAGGGAAAGAAACUUGCAGGAAAAUGCUGCAAAGGCUAAACAGGAUGUGGAGUUAAUGUUAAAGGAAAUAGAAGACCUACGGUGUGUUGCACAGUCUGAGAAAGAGGCACUUGCUGAGGCUGAUGCUCAGUGUAAUUCAUUGAAAGAAGAAAUAAAACAGUCAAAGAGUCAAGUGCAAAACUUGGAAAGACUUCAAGAAGAAGGUCAUAUGGACUAUCAGCAAAAAGAAGAGUGUCUUCAACAAAAGACUAAUGAAAAUUAUGAAUUACAGCAGAAGAUACAGCAAGCCUUGAAUGACCUGGCUGAAAAAGAGACUGCAAAUGCUCAGUCACACCAAGAAAUGCAAGAGGAGCAAAAUCGGCUAAAAAAGCAGUUAGAUGAGGAGAGAGGUUCUUAUGAGAAAAAGGUAGAGAGUCUAAGAAAAGAAAUGGAUGUCAAGUUGAAAUCCCAGGAGACCAAAAUGGAGAAACUCAAGCAGAAAGCCAAAGAAAUUCAGGAAAAGUUGAAGAAAAAGCUUCACGAACAAGCAGAAAGCGCUAAAGCAGAGAUAGCCAAGAAGGACAAAGAACUGCAAGAGAAAGACCAACAGGUUAAAGAUAAGAUUCUUGAGAUGGCACAGGCAAACUCAGAGGGUCUCAGCAGCACUUUAUCUGACUUACAGGCAAAUCACAAUGAGCAGUUAGAAAAGAUUCAUGAGGUACAUAGACUUGAACAAGAAGAGCUUCUGCGUGUUUGGCAGGAGAAGCUAAGCCAGCAGGAGGAGGAGCUGCAGGAGAAGCAUGCCCUGUCUUUGCAAGAAAAAGUGCAGGAAUUGGAAGAUAUCUCUCAACAGCUUUCAACCAACAGAGAGGAGCAGGACCAAAUGGUUCAAGAAGUUAAGAACCUUAGGGAAGAGCUUUCAAUGAGGGAAACCACAGUGCAGAAACUACAUACAGAGCUUCGAGAAGCUGCAGUCAAAAUCGAAAGCUUGUCUGAAGUAGAGGAUGUCCUCAAAAAACAAGUAGAGACUGUAGAGAAACACCUAAACCAGGCUUUAAAUGAAAGGAACCUAUUUCAGGACCAGUUCACUAAGGCUGAGGAGUCAAGUAGAGAGAGACUUCAGACAUUGUCUGAAGAGCUAGAAGAUGCAUGCAAGAAGCUUAAUAUACUUGAAGCUUCCAGAAGUAAGGAGGAUGAAACCCUACAGAGGAGUCUUGAAGAGAAAACUACUGAGCUUCAAAAUAAGGAAACAGAGUUUUUGACACAAAUCUGUGGCAUUAGUAAGGAGCUGGAGCAGCAGUGUCACAGUGCACAGGCAAUGUUAAAUGAUUUCUCAGAUCAUCUGUGCAAAAGAGUCGAGACGAAGGUGAAUGAGCUGCAAAAUAGGGUUACAUGUAAUCAGAGGAAAUUGUGCCAUUUAAAAAAUGUCAUUUUGACAAAGAAUGACACAAUCUGUUCUUUAAAGAAAGAGCUUAGGCAAGCCAUAGAGGAGAGCCAGAGCCUUAAGAACUCGCUUGAACAAAUGGCUCUUCAGUUAAAUGCAAAUUCAGAGAAUCUUAAAGCCUUAACAAUUGAGAAAGAGUCUUUGCAAAAUGAUGCUAACAAUCAUUCCCAGGUACUUUCUGAGAAAGUUCUAUAUAUAGAAAAACUUGAUGAAGAAAAUAAAAGCCUAUCUGAAAACCUUAAAGAAAAUAUUUUGCGUAUAAGUAAUUUGGAGCGCAUCAUAGAUGACCUAAAGAACCAGUUAUCACAUAUCAUAACUGAGAAGGAGGAAGCCAUAUCUCUGCUGAAUCAGCAGCACAGUGAAGAAAAACAAAGCCUCAAAAGCCAGAUGGAAGAGGCUGUGGAACGUAUGGAAAAUGAAAAGGGCUUAGCUGUCGAACAAGUCGAUACGCUCAGGAAUAAACUGUCUGAACUCAAAAAGAAAACAGACUCCAAGCUUGCUCAGAACCACAACACUGUCAAAUCUCUUCAAUGCAAGAUAGAGGACAUGGAGAAGCAGAUAGCAGAGAAGGAUGGGCAGCUACAAAGUCUCACUGCCAGUAUUGACAAUCAGACUAUCAGUAAGUCAGAGAUGGACCAGGUUCUGAGUGAGAAAGAGCAGAAGGUAAGUGCCUUGACUUUAAAGUUGGACAACUGCACAAAGAAGAUAAGUGAACUAGAGGAACAACUCAAAUUGCAGACAACAGAACAGCAGCAGCUAGAGGCAGAGAUGCAGCACCAUCGUAACUUAAGUGAAAGUGAAAAGAUGGAACUGGUUCAACAGCUCCAGCAAACCAAGGAGCAGUGUUCUCAUAAAAGUGAUCUUGUCUGUGAAACAGAAGAAAAAUUCCAGGCUUUAAAGAAAGAGUUUCAAAAUGUCAAACAACAACUGGAAAGCCAGCAAGGAGUCUUUGAGAGGGAGAAAGCAGAAAUCUUAAAGUCAAAGGAGGAGGCUUUGAAAACAGCAGAAGAGAGUACAAGCAAAGUAGCUGAACUGAAGAAGAAAGCUGAGCAAAAAAUUAGCUUGAUUCGAAAGCAGCUGACUUUACAGAUUGAGCAGAAGGAGCAUACCAUCAAAGAUCUGCAGGUACAGCUGGAGGAUAUUAAGCAGAGCCAGAAUGAGAAGGAACAACAGGUGAAGAGUUUAGAGGAGAAUGGGAGGAAAAUGGAGGAGGCCAUUAAUAAUCUAAUGGAAGAGCACAAAAAGCACCUGGAGCAAGUACUAUCUGAUGGACAAUUAGAAAAAGAGAACCCUUUGCAAACAUUAAAGGAAAUUAACAAGGAUGAAUUAGCAGUAGCGACUGCCGCUACAGUAAAUGAAAGAGAGGAAGAGGCCUUUUCAAGGAUCAGAGAGCUGGAAGCCAAACUUACUGAAUCUGAAGAACAGAACACUACAUAUCAUGCUGAAAUCAGCCAACUUAAAGCAGAACUAUGUGAACAAAUAGUACUGGUUCAGGAACUUCAGAAGACUUGCUUGAGUCUUGAGGUCCAGAUUAAAGAGAAAGAGGCUAAUGUUAUGCAAAUGGAUACAUGCUCUUUGGAGAAAACCAACAAUCUCUUAGAAUUGGUGCCUGUACAGUAUGCAGGAGAACAGGACUCUAAAAUAAAACACCAAGCCUGGGAGACUGAAAAGGUUCUCUUGGUGAAAGACUAUGAGAUGAAGCUCCAAGACCUCUGUAAGAGACUGGAGGAAAAGGAGGAUCAGCUUAAAGUCCAACAGAACUCGCAGCUGGGACUAGGACAAACAAAUGAAGAAUGUCUUACUGAUGGGUCUAAAAGCUCAGAGAACAAUCUACAGCGAAAACUGGUGGAACUUGAAAAUGAGAAACAGAAGAUCCAAAAAGAUUACACUCGGUUACAGAAAGACCUUCGCUCACUAAGGAAGGAACAUGAAAAGGACCUGGAAUAUCUGAAAAAAGAAACGGUAGAAGAGACUGAGAAAAGGCUGAAGCUUGAAUUGGAAGAUUUGGAAAUGAAGCACAACUCUGCACUUAAACAGAUGAUGAGAGAGUUUAACACCCAGGUAGCGCUAAAGGAUAAAGAGCUUGAAGCAUCAGUGAAAGAAGCAGUUGAAAAGGCACAAAUGGUUGAAGCAGAACUUAUGGGGCUCCAUCGAGAGGAAGUUAAUGAACUUCAAAAGACAAUUUCUCAGAAAGAAGAUGACCUAAAAAGAAGUAUCCAACGUUAUGAGCAAAUUCUUCAGAGUCGAGAAGAUGAAAUGGGCACUCGAGUGUGGGAGGUGCAGAAGGAGCUAGAGGAUCUGCAGCAAAGGAGUCUCAGUGGUCCUCAGGGUGUUGAGGAACUUCAGGUUCAUCUUGCUGAGAAGACCACCCUGCUAAGUGAAGCCAGGCUAAAAGAGCAGGAAUACCAAGAUAGGAUCCAUACUCUGGAAGACAUGAUACGGAAGGCUUAUAAAAACUCUGUGGUGUCUCACCUGGGAAAAGAUUUUCCAGAACCCUCACUCUGCAACGCUGAUCCCUUCACCGAGCCCACUGAGUUUGAGUAUCUGCGGAAGGUCAUGUUUGAGUACAUGAUGGGCCGAGAAACUAAGACGAUGGCCAAAGUCAUCACUUCCAUGCUGAAGUUUCCAGCAGACCAGGCACAGAAAGUUCUUGAGCGGGAGGAUUCUCGAGUGAUGCCUUGGCUUCGGUAAGGGCGGAUUCAAUGUGAGUUAAAGAGCUAUUCUGCUGCUGCUGCUGCUGCUGCUGCUGCUGCUAUUGACCAUGGAUCAGAGGGGCUAGAGUACAGCUAUUAACUUACCUAAUGAACGCUUGAACUUUAUAUUUAUAUAAUGAACUUUAUAUUUCUGUGUGAGAGAAGAAAUGUAUACCAAGAUGUGUGUAUGUAUGUUUGGGGUGUGAAAAAAUUGACUUCUAGGUGCCAGAUUCAGAGAACUGUCAUUAAUUUUGUUUUUACAACAAAAUUUGAACUUUGAUUUUUUUUUUUUUUUUAAUACUCCUUCUUUUUAGACCAGCGGUAGGAUUUUGUCCUUGUUAAAAAAAAAAAAUCUACAUUUUAUAUGAAUUUUGUGCAAUAAGAUUUUUUUUUCCUGCAGUAUGUUCAGUUUGUUUUCUUUUUUCUUUUUUUCCCUCUAUAUGGUAUGCUGUAAUGCUCAUCUCUUCUGUGCACAUGUAAAUAUGCAUAUCACUUAAAACUCAAAGUCCCAUAGGACUUUGUUUACUUCCGCUUUUUAAACUUCUACUGUAUUUUUGGGGACUGAAGUAAAAUACAUAUUGUAAAUUGUAAAUCACUGGAAGAAGAAUCUAUAUAGCUGUACUAUAGGGCACAUUGUGACUGUUAUCUUUUAAAACAGCUAAUAAAAUUUUCUUUACAGUA